GUGGGAGGCACAGGGCGAGGCACUUGGCAGAGAUUUUGCAACUGCACGCCGCCGAGGGCUGAGAGGCACCGCCUCGGUAGGGAGCAGGGAAUGCUCCACUCCUAGGUGCGCGCGCUCGCUCGCUCGCUCGGGAUGGGUGGAGAGCCUGAGGAAGCUGUGCCUCACCUGAGUUAAUUAGGUGGCGAAGGCAGCAUGGGGUCUGUAGGACCGGGACCCUGCCCAUGACUCUGAGGGCCGUGUGCCUUUUAUCCAGGCCUGGGCCCCUUAUCGGUGUUUCAGGGUGCCUCGUGGCCAGGCUAAACAGGCCCAGGCAGUGGCGGGGUGAGCCAGCCACCCGUGGGCGCCUGGUGGGGCCAGUAGAGUCGCCACAUUCCAGCCUCUUGGCUGGCAGGGAAGGAGACGGCGAGCCAGGGCAGACCUCCUCCUGUGGGAGGCCAAAGGCCCUGAAGAUGGAGGAGCAGGUGUUCAAGGGGGACCCAGACACCCCUCAUUCCAUCUCCUUCUCCGGGAGCGGAUUCCUUUCCUACUACCAGGCUGGCGUGGUGGACGCUCUGCGAGACCUGGCCCCGAGGAUGCUGGACACCGCCCAUCGCUUCGCAGGGACUUCAGCGGGCGCAGUGAUCGCAGCCUUGGUCACCUGUGGGAUUGAGAUGGAGGAGUACCUCAGAGUGCUGAAUAUGGGCCUGGCUGAAGUGAAGAAAUCCUUCCUGGGACCUCUGUCCCCAUCCUGCAAGAUGGUUCAGAUGAUGCGACAGUUUUUGUACAACGUGCUGCCCGAGGACUCCUACAAGUUCGCCACCGGGAAGCUGCACGUAAGCCUCACCAGAGUCACGGACGGAGAGAACGUGGUGGUUUCCGAGUACACGUCCAAGGAAGAGCUCAUCGAGGCCCUGUAUUGCAGCUGCUUUGUUCCUGUCUACUGCGGCUUCAUCCCCCCAACAUAUCGGGGUGAGAGGUACAUCGACGGUGGCUUCACGAGCAUGCAGCCCUGUGCGUUCUGGACGGACGCCAUCACCAUCUCUACCUUCAGCAGCCAGCAGGACAUCUGUCCCCGAGAUUGCCCCGCCAUCUUCCAUGACUUCCGCAUGUUCAACUUCUCCUUCCAGUUCUCCCUGGAGAACAUCACCCGCAUGACGCACGCGCUGUUCCCGCCAGACCUGGUGAUCCUGCAGGGUUACUACUAUCGGGGAUAUGACGAUGCGGUCUCAUACCUGCGGAGGCUGAACGCUGCGUACCUCGACUCUCCCAGCAAGAGAGUGAUUUUCCCGAGGGUAGAGGUGUACUGCCAGAUAGAGGUCGCCCUUGGCCAUGAGCCCCCAGCUGAGCAGGGCCACCGUGAUGAUCCCUCACAACGGCACGAACAGGUGGCUCCCGGAGAGGACAGAAAGGACAGCCCGUCCCCAGCUUCCCCAUCAGUGCAGACACCUGAAUCCAGGGACCAGGGGGCUGUGGAGUCACCACCCGGUGCAUCAUCUAAGCGGUUACCCGCAUCACCCUCGGCCCCGCCCCACCCAGGCCCAGUGGUGAGGCCCGAGCUGGCCGCUGGCCCCAGGGACGUUGGCCCCAGGGACGUUGGCCCAAUAAAUCUUCAAACUGCAAACCCGAAGCAAGGGGUGAAGGACGGCCGUCAGCUGGACGUGGCCGCCACCGCCGCCACCGCUGCUGCCACCGCCCGAGGCACAGACAGCUCGCCCUCUGUGUUGCACACCCCGCUGUCACCUGCAGACAGGCACAGCUCGGAGGCUGGGUCCCCACUGCCUGUGUCAUCGCCCGAAUCCCUUCAUCAUUCGGGACUGCUGCUCAGACACCCCCAGGCAGCCACAGAAGCCAGGACAGACCCCGGGCCCCUGCCCUCAAGUGCCUUGGCGCCACCUGCCCUGCCACCUGUGGAGGAGCUGGGUCCCCAGCAGCCCACAGGGCCCCAAUCCUCUUCACCGCUGGCAAGCUCGACGGCACCGGACACCAGGAAGCCAGCAUCCCAGAAGCCUCCGGCGGACUGUCCUGCUGUGGAUUCAAACAGAGCAAACAAGAAGUUCAAGAAGAAACAGAAGACAAAUUCGACCAGAGACUGUUUCCAGAGAAACCUUCGGUCCAAGAAGACAACUAGCAAACCGCAGUGUCCUUGGCUUCUGGAACCCAGGCCUGCUCCUUGCCCACUGGACUUUCCUGUCCUCUCCACUUCUAAGACAGUUUGGGUCACCUACAAGCCUCAUCCCAACCGGAUCCAAGAAUUCAGCUGCUCUGAGGGAGUGGGUGUACAGAACUCCUAGACUGAAUCAGGAGAGACCCCAGUGACCCGGAGCCUGGGUCCAGCCUUCCACCCACACCCAAGGCUGCCAGUCGGGACCAGGGGGUAGCCUUGGCUAUCCAGCACUGCAGAAGGUCUGCUCCCCCAGUGUGUGUGUGCUUGUCUGACGCACCUCCUGCCCAACAGAGUCUCUGUUUAUAAUCGCUGGAACCCUUCUGAAGCUGUUUCCUGGGAUCCCCAAGAGAAGGACCUGACCAGCGCUCUGGGUUUCAGGAUUUUUUUCAACUCCCUCUCCCUGGAACUCUACAGCUCAGCCAUGCAGACCAGCAGCCAUGGGCUUUCUCAGUCAAGGACCAAAAAUGUCCCUUCCCUCAGCCCCAGUGAGGGAAAAACGUCAUUCACGCAGCUGUGACAGUAAUCUCAAGGAAGACAUCUUCAGUCUCAUUGGGUGACACUUUGGGGGACAUGUGAAAUUAAACAUCUGCUCUCAAGCUGGCAUGGGACAGCACCCCCAAAA